AUGAACGGCCAUUUCUCUGCCGUCGGCGAAGCGCCGGGGGCUGGAAGCUAUGAGCAUGGCGUCCAGGUUAUCGACGAGGAUAAGGAGUUCAACACCCACAUCAACGAGUAUCUCCAAGUAACCAAUGUUGCCGACUCGGGUUUCAACUACCACCUCAUCUCCGUCUUUGGCUCCCAGUCCACCGGAAAGUCCACCCUGCUCAACAACCUCUUUGGCACCGACUUCUCCGUCAUGUCGGAAACCGAGCGUCGCCAAACCACCAAGGGUAUCUGGAUGUCCAAGAACAAGAAGGAGACAAGCGCAGGCACCCCAAUGUCGGAGAACAUCCUCGUCAUGGAUGUUGAGGGUACAGACGGCCGAGAGCGUGGUGAGGACCAGGACUUUGAGCGCAAAAGUGCCCUUUUUGCGCUGGCUACCAGUGAGGUCCUGAUCGUCAACAUCUGGGAGCACCAGGUUGGUUUGUACCAGGGUGCCAACAUGGGUCUUCUCAAGACCGUUUUUGAGGUCAACCUGCAGCUCUUCCUUAAGGACAAGCAAUCAACUCCUCGAUCUCUACUCUUCUUCGUUAUCCGCGAUCACCUCGGCACCACUCCCCUCGGUAACCUUCGAACAACCUUGAUUCAGGACUUGACCAAGAUUUGGUCGUCUAUCUCUAAGCCUCAGGGAUUGGAGGGUUCACGCAUCGAAGACUACUUCGACUUCGGCUUCGCUGCUCUGCCCCACAAGAUUCUCCAGGCUGAUAAGUUCACCGAGGAGGUCCAGAAGCUCGGAGCUCGAUUCACAGCUGGCCACAGACACGGCAAACCUGGUCUGCACGGUGACCAAGAGCUCGAGGGCGGUCUCUUCCUCUCUGAGUACCACCGACGCAUUCCUGCCGAUGGUUUCUCCGUAUAUGCUGAGGGUAUCUGGGAUCAGAUCGUGAACAACAAGGACCUGGAUCUGCCUACUCAGCAGGAGCUCCUUGCCCAGUUCCGUUGUGACGAGAUCUCCCGAGAGGUUCAGAUCGACUUCGAUGUGGUCAUUGCACCCCUUGAGGAGAAGCAGAGCGAAGCUUCCAAGCUUGGAAUUCCAACUGUCCUCCCUGACCUUGGUCUGGCCGGAAAUGACGCUCGCCUGAAGUGCAUUAAGGCUUUCGAGGUUCAAGCUAGCCGAUACCACAAGGGCGUCUACGCCCGCAAGCGACACGAGCUUGAGGGCAAGAUCGAUACUCGUCUCAAGGCUCUUUACCAAAGCCAGCUGGCUGCUGCUCAUAAGGCUGGUGUUGCUGCCUUUGGCGAGGCUGUUGCCAACAAGGUUAAGGCUGGUCAAAAGGCUGGUGGCCAGUACGAAUUCGCUGAGAUUGUUGCCAAUGAGAAGCGAAAGACACUGGAUAUCUUUGGCGUUGAGGCGCAGAGCCUGCUGAUUGAGGGCGUUGCGUGGACUAAUUUCGAGUCGCAGUCCAGGCUCUUUGAGAAGGAACUCGACGAGGAGAGUGCUAAGUUGCGAAAGGAGGAGAUGCGACGACUGGCGACUCGUGUUGAGCGUUGGGUCCGUUCUCGACUUAACGAUGCUGUUGGCCUUGAGUUCAACAAGCUUGGCAGCGGACGAGGCGGUGCUGGUGCCCCCGAGACUGGCGAGAAGCCCGAAACCGAAAAGGAUCUCUGGGACAGAGUUUGGAAAGUCUUCACAGGCAUCGUUAAGGAGGCUGAGGUUCGAUUUGCUGAGCGUGCCAAGAGUUUCGAUGCCACCAGCGAAGAGGUCGACAUUGGUACAUGGCGACUGCGCCGAAAGAGCUGGAACGCCCUUCGCGAGAAGAUUGAGGAAGAGGUUAUGGAGGGCAAUAUUUUGCUGAAGCUCCGAGAGAACUUCGAAGACAAGUUCCGAUAUGACGAGGCUGGUGUGCCAAGAAUAUGGCGACCUAGCGACGAUAUCGAGGGUAUCUACACCAAGGCGAGAGAGUCAACCCUCACCCUGGUUCCUCUUCUUUCGAGGUUCCGACUUUCAGAGACAUAUGGGCCUCCUGACCUGCCAGGAUUUGUUGGACCUCAGCCCAGCGGUGUUCAGGCUGGUGAUGAGGAAGAUUUGGUACCUAUUGGUGGUAUCGAUGAGGAAGAUGGCAAGAGUCUCGAAGAGGAGAUGACUGUGCUCAGCGAGGGCAAGCGCCAGGAUCUUGUUGUACGAUUCAAGAAGACCGCGGAUGGAGUGUACGUCGAGGCCAAGCGUGGAGCCAUUGGUGGAGUUUCUCAGGUUCCGUGGUACUUCUACGGCCUGCUACUUGCUCUCGGCUGGAAUGAGAUCUUGACUGUUCUGCGAAAUCCUUUCCUCUGCGUCCUUAUUCUAGUUAUUCUUGGAGGUACAUAUGUGGCAUACAAACUUAAUCUGCUCGGUCCCAUGCUCUCGAUGAGCAAUGCUGCCAUGACACAGGGUGUCGAGAUUGCCAAGCAGCAGCUCCGAGACUUUAUUGCCAACUCCGAUACCGCACGACAGGCUGUUGGCAUGCCUGCGCGCCAGGACAGCGAUAACAUCAGCAUGGACACUUUGGAUAGCCGAGGAAGGAAGGCCAACAACUCGACUGCCGAGAAGGACGACCUUGAUGACAUUUGA